UGACGCAAUCGACGGGCCAAGAGGAUCCAUGAGCGCUCCCAAAACCCUCAUCCUAUAAGGAGACGGCGGCCCCCUCGUCUGUCCCUAGGGUUAUCGUGAGCUUUUGGCGUUCCGAGCUACACCAGAUCUUCCGCCUCCGACGCCAUGACGAAGCGAACCAAGAAGGCUGGAAUUGUUGGCAAAUAUGGUACCAGAUAUGGUGCUAGUUUGCGAAAGCAAAUCAAGAAAAUGGAAGUCUCCCAGCAUGCCAAGUAUUUCUGUGAGUUCUGUGGAAAGUAUGCUGUGAAGAGAAAGGCAGUUGGAAUUUGGGGGUGCAAGGACUGUGGGAAGGUCAAGGCUGGGGGUGCUUAUACAUUGAAUACUGCCAGCGCUGUUACCGUGCGGAGCACGAUUCGUCGGUUGAGGGAAGCAACUGAAGGGUAAUCGGCGAAUGCGCAAUCAUGUGAUUUUGGUAGAGUGAAGUGUUUUAAGGAGUGAAUUUCAUAUGUUGAUUUUUCAAUUUAGCAACUCGAAUUUGACUAUCAAUGAUCAAAGACAAUCCGUUCUAAGUUUAAUCUUAUUUAGGCAUUUGAAUUUCUAGGUUGCUUGUUUCUCACAUUUAGCCUUUGUGACAUUUGUUCAGAAAGUAAUAGUUAGAUUCUCCCGAAA